UAUUGCAGUGCUUCUCAUGUUCUGUUGCAGAGAACACCAGCGAGCGCGUGCCCAGCGGCAGUAGGACCCAGCAUUCCCCAGCUUUGGCCCCGGGCCUAGCGGCACCCUGCAGUGAAGACAGACGACAGCUGUUCCAGGAGCCCUCAGCAAGUCCCCCGAGCGGAGCCACGCUUCUGACUGAGGAACAGGCCUUGGCUUCCAUUGCAUCUGUGUCUGAACGUGUCUCUCUGACCUUGAGGGUGUGAAACUUUACGUAUUAGAUAAGGCGACUCACUCCUGCAUCCCAGUGUCAGCGAGUUCCUGGGUGUAUCUGUGUGUGAGUACCCUGGCUGGUGUGCAAGUUUCAUAGAGACCUGAUGCUUGUACAGCUCUAUAUAAGUACAAAAGUCUACGACAAAUAAGAGUAUGUAUGCAAUGUAGUUUGUGGUGGAGGUGUGAAGGACUGGUCGUAGUACACAUCUGUGUGCAGCAAUGGGUCAGCAAGUGGGUGCUUGUAUGUAAACAUGGGCCCUUCACCAAGUGUGUCUGUGUGUAAGCAAAAACAUGUUCACGUUAAAGUAAAUGAAGUAGUAGCUGUGUGCCAAAGACAGUGUGUAAAGAGUGUGAGAGAGAUGCUGGAGCUGUGCAGGAUCACAGAGGCCCUGCUGAUCGGGAACGCGCGCUCCGCCUGCUGCGACGAGCUCAUCCAGAAAGAGGGCGUCACUCUGUGCAUCAAUGUAUCCAAGCAGCAGCCUUUCCCCUCCAUGCGGGUAGGCACUUUCAGGGUGCCCGUGUACGACGACCCCAAUGAGAAUCUGCUCAAGUACUUUGACCGCUGCGCAGAUGCCAUAGAGAGCGAGGCUGGCCGCGGGGGCAGGACCGUGGUGUACUGCAAGAACGGACGCAGCCGCUCAGCUGCUGUGUGCAUGGCGUACCUGAUGAAGCACCGUGCGCUCUCACUGCCCCAAGCCUUCCAGAUGGUGAAGGAAGCUCGAUCUGUGGUGGAUCCCAACCCAGGGUUCAGGACCCAGCUGGAGAAGUAUGAACAGGAACUGGAGAGAAGAAGGAGCAAGGGGGAAGGCAUGGUGGCAUCCAGCUCAUGUUGAGCCACAGAGCUUUGAACCCCCUGACCUUCUGGAGUCCAAGGGUUUCAAUCAUCCUCAACAAGGCCAGUUGCUGUAGGUGUACAGAAACAAAGACUCUCACAAGUCAUAUUUCCCCUGAAGGGUCAUAACAGAGUGUGUGUGGACCCCUGCUCAUGUGGUUAUGUGACCAUGUGACCUGUGUCCCCCUGGCCCCCACCAGUCAGUUUGUGUCAAUGACAUCAUAAGUCACAUAAGUUUUAUCGAAGCAGGGAGCCUGAGCGCCCCCACUCCCCACCUGGACUCGUAGCCAUACCUGGUGUGGGCUCAUUAGGAAGAUAAGAGCUACAGGUUCAGCCACAUUGAGUGAAUGAAAGGACAAAGCUGAAGACCAGAAAGAAUAAGAAGUCUGGCAGCUUUAUCAAAGCAUGUUUUAAGUUAUAUUAUAAAUAUAGUACAUAGCUUAAUAAGUUAUAAUACUAUGAUGUAGACAUUCUGGAGUUUGUGAUUAGGGGAGCAUCUGACAUCUUCUAUUACACAUUAUCUGAACUUCUUGUCUUGGUUGCUUCUUCACAGUUUGUUUAUUUCUUCUUGGAAGACCGGAGAAGCAAUUUAAUUACAUUUGGUCUUGAGCUAUUCUUUGGCUGUUGACUUCAUUGAUAGUUAUCUGAGAAAGGAGUAAAAGAAGCUGAAAAUGCACCCAUCCGCCACUCUCUGAACCUGGCGCUCCCCGGUGUGUUACGGAGCGCUUAGUGCUUCAGCUGCAAAGGUUCAUCAUCAGGAAAUGACACUUGUUCCCAGAGCUCAACUCUGCCCAGAGUGUGCAGCUCUGUCAGCUGCUCACACCUGUGCCAUGUCGGUCCCCUCGAAGGCAGCCUUCUUUCUUCGGGCCCAGCGAUGCCGCAGCAGUCCCCGAUCGGGCUGGACCUCUCAGGUCGCCUUUUGCUAAGUAGGCCACGUCUCCAGCUCCAGCUCCAGCGGCCGGUGCAGAUGAGCUUUCACAUCCUGCCAUCCUGUCAUUGUCGUCACCGUGAGGCUCAGGAAAGGUCUGGUCUUCUCAAGAGCUCGGUCGCCGAGUUCCGCGACCUACCGUAUGGAUGCCUGGAGCGUCCGGAGACGAAGAGCAAACUCAGUCUCCUCAUUGUCACUCUACUCUUUUGUGUUCAUCUUUCUUCUUUUGGCAAUGAACUGCUCUCCUGCUUCCCACUCAUGACUUCAUGGAAGCUGAAUGUGUUUACAGUGGUCUACUCUCCACACAUUACCUCCUAACUGUCAAUGUCCACACCUUCUUCUCUCCUUUCCCAGAAUCACUGAAUCUCACAUUGUGUGUGUGUGUGUUAAAGCUUCCAGAAAAGCCAGCUUUACUAUUUCUCUGCUCCCGAAAAAAAAGGGACAUUGUCGUAUUGUCCUCCUGUCCUGAAAGGGAGAAAAAUCUGGGAAAAAUCCAUGCGGGCCAAAAUGUCAGAUAAAUUAACCCCGAUCAGGUAAGAAUCCACUUCGCUAGUAGUGUGUAUUUUUGUAUAAAACGUGUUUAAAGGGAAGCG